UCCCUGUGUCCUCCCCGCCACCAUUGGGUCGAGAUCGCAGAGAUCCCUUCUAUACCCUUACCCGUCGCUCGCCUCCGCCGCUUUCCAAGCUCGGAUUUUUUAUGGAUUAGAUAUCGGUUAUCGGCGAUCUCGGGAGUCGGAUCGGUAGGGAGGAGGUGAGGAUGUCUUCGUUGGCGGCUGUCAAGGGGAGCGGCGACGGUGGGAAGGGGAAGGCGGUGGCCUCGCCGGUGGGGGCGAAGAAGGUGGAUGGAUCGGGGAAGGUGGUCUCUAUAUCCAAGCAGAAAUCUGUGACUGUGGCUUCCAAACAGGGGGUGAAAGAAAAAUCGUCGUCAACUUCUAAGAGAACUGUUACCAAAACAACAACUGUCAAAGUGAGGGCAGAGAAGAAAGUGUAUUCCUUGCCUGGCCAGAAGUAUGAUCCCCCUGAAGAGAGAGAACCCUUGCGGAUAUUCUAUGAAUCCUUAUCAAAGCAGAUUCCGUCAAGUGAAAUGGCAGAGUUCUGGAUGAUGGAACAUGGUUUGCUAUCUCCUGAACGUGCAAAGAAAGCAUAUGAGAGAAAGCAAAAGAGGCAGCAGCAACUGAGAAUGGGCACUCCUAUCAAAUCCACAAAGCAGGAGAGACCAGAGAGCUCAAAGAAACCACAGGUAUUGAAGAACGGAGAUGUCAAGGCAAAGAAAAGAGUAAAUUACAAUGAUGACGACGGUGACUUUAUUGUGAAACAAAAGAAGUCAAAGGGAUAAUGUGAGCUCAAUUUAGUUGUUAAGCCAUAUUUUCAAGACAUAACAUCUGAAGAAGCUGCUAUAUUUGAACUUCUAGUUGCCAAAAGAAGAGACUAAAGUCGGUAUUAAGAAGAGGCAAGAAGCAUUCUGAUUGAGCUCCUCAUGUUCACCUCACUGUAAUGUAACAUAUAUAUGAACAUUCUUUAUAUCCUUCAAUUUGAUAUACAAUAAGAUGACAAUUGUAGUUCUUGUUGAUCAAGUACAUUUUUGCUUAUGAAUGAGUUUCAAAUAUUACUUAGUUUUGCA